GCUACUGGCAGCACGAUGAGAAAUAAGUUUGUGUUCCUACUAAUCAUCCUUCAAUUAUGGGACUUUGCCAUGCCAAGUCCGACGGGCGAUGACCCAUCACAGCUUGUCGAGUCGAAUCGCACGGUCGUAAAUGUGGAUGCAGAGUCUAAAUAUCAAACUAACUUCCCCAUUCAAAUUGGCAACAAGUUCUACCAUGUUCAGACCACUUUGAAGGCCAACUGGCAUCAGGCAGCGCACAAUUGCCGCAAACUGGGAGGACACUUGCUCAAUUUUGAGAACAGCACGGAAAUGGAUUUGAUCCUAUCGGCCAUCCCAUCAAGCAGAUAUUGGACAUCGGGUAACUGCCUAGCAGAGAACAGAGUAUGGACCUCUAUUGCCACUGGUGAGCCCAUGCCUUAUCUAAGAUGGCAUAAAGGGGAGCCCAACAAUCUGCAGGAAUUAUGCAUCGAGUUGAGGGAAACGGCGCUUAAUGACGUUUUUUGUGACACUGCACUUAAUUAUAUAUGCGAAGCGAAGGCAAUUCCAUAAGAUAUUAAAUAAAGGCAUGGCAGUCGGUCUUC